UUCAAUUUUGCUCUCAUAACGGCUAUUUCCGUCUACGUAUCUCGACGUCUCUCAUUUCCGAUUCAUAUCCAGUUUUAUUUCCUGACGAAUAGUUGACAUAUUUUCACGAUUCUCAUAUAUGUUGUCCUUUUAGUAGACUAUUCAUCCUUUCGAUUAAUAAUCCACAAUAACAAGCAACCACAACUAUAUUACUCAGCGGGUGGAGGAAGCAUCGACGGUAUUAUUGCCGACAAGUGGUUGUACUAUAUACAGGAGUGUGCGGACUGGGUACCGGAUCACUUCCAAUAUAAAUAGAGUGAUGCCUUUCGUGGUUAUCCUUAAUCGAGUUGGUUAAGCGUUCCGAAACUCGUCGCCGAUACACGUGGAGAAUCAAACAGUUGAAGUGCUUUCCCGAGAGUACAUGCACUUGUAUCAAAAUUCGCAGGACUGUAUGAAUUGAAAGGAUUUAUAAUUCGUAGUUGGGAUUUGGUGUAGUUCAAGAGUGAUUGCAGUAUGAAGUGGUUGCUGCCGUUUGGAAUAAUUAUUAAAAUUUUGCCAUUAGUCAUUAUUGCAAGUCGACUUUCUGACACAAAACUCCAUAAUCUUUAUCUGGAUCAUAAUGAAAUUAAAUUAAGUUGGUUGGUCGACUGGUACAAGAAGGAAGUUCUCUUUCACAUCCAGAAUGCAUUUACCCCGGAUUACAAAUGGUUUUCUCUGGGUUUCUCAAAGCGCGGUGAAAUGGGAAAUUCAGAUAUUUGCUUUUUCGAAUAUCAAAACAAUUUCUUCAACAUAGUCACUGACACUUACAUAAGCGCAGAUGGGAAAUAUGUAAGAAAAGACUACCAACAGGAUUGUAUUCUCAUCAGGGUCGAUGAUAAUUCAGUGGCAUUUAAAAGAAAGUUCGACACUUGUGAUGCUUUGGAUUUAAGAAUGCAUGAAGGAACAAUGUAUAUUUUAUGGGCUCGAGGUAAGGACGAACUGGAAUUCGAAAAUGAUGAAUUACCUUUACCAGAACCGAGCAAGCAUGACUGGGGUAUGCAUAUGGUCCAGCUUUUACGAGCUGAUAAAAUUCAGAUACCCGAAAAAGACCUGAAAGCGAUCGAAAUAGUCCUCGACAAAGUUGCUGUUCCCAAUAAAGAGACAACUUACUGGUGUCACGUUCAAAAAUUAGAAGAGUUUUUGAAAAACAAGCAUCACAUUGUCCAAUUUGAACCGAUUAUUCGUUCGAAAAGCCUUGUCCAUCAUAUGGAAGUUUUUCAUUGUGAUACCGACCCUAACGUAGAGAUUCCUCUCUACAAUGGUGAUUGUGAUGAUUUACCUCAAGAGGCAAAAGUUUGUUCAAAAGUGAUUUCGUUGUGGGCAAUGGGUGCCAGCACUUUCACAUAUCCAGAAGAAGCGGGCCUACCUAUUGGAGGGCCAGAUUACAAUCCUUAUAUUCGGCUCGAGGUUCAUUUCAAUAACCCCGAAUUGAUUGCGGGACAAAUUGAUAGUUCUGGUAUGCGAAUUAAAAUGGUAUCGACAUUACGACAAUACGACGCAGCUGUUAUGGAGUUGGGGCUGGAGUACACUGACAAAAUGGUGAUACCACCAGGCGUACUUGGAUUUCCCUUGAGCGGUUAUUGCAUUUCGGAAUGUACUCAGGUGGCUCUUCCAAAAUCCGGCAUAACAAUCUUCGGAUCACAAUUACACACACAUUUGAGAGGAGUACGGAUAAUGACCAGACAUUUUCGAAAUGAGGAGGAAUUGAGGGAGGUGAACCGAGACGACUAUUAUUCCCAUCAUUUCCAGGAGAUUCGAAGCUUACGCUACAAGCCCAAAGUUUUGCCAGGCGAUGCGUUGGUUACUACAUGUUACUACGACACAGUUGGAUACAAAAACGCCACUCUAGGGGGCUUUUCCAUAAGUGAUGAAAUGUGCGUAAACUACAUUCACUACUAUCCUGCUACCAAACUGGAAGUGUGCAAAAGUUCAGUCUCUGAAAAGACCCUUGCCGACUACUUUGCCUACAUGAAAAGGAAAGAGCAUCAACAUAAAAUUCGCAUAGGUGGAGCUCGGUCGGAGAACUAUCGUAGCAUUCGUUGGACAAAGCCAAGAAUUGAUGAACUGUACACAAUGUACAUUCAGGAGCCAUUAAGCAUGCAAUGCAAUAGGUCAGAUGGGAUGCGCUUCGAAGGAUAUGAUUGGGAAGGGGCGCCUAUAACUCCUGUUCGUAUUCAACUUCCCAUUCAUAGAGAAUCGUGCCAAAAUUACAAUCCAUUCUGGAUGAAACCGCUGGAAGAUGGAGAAUGUGAUCUUCUGGGUGAAUGUAUCUAUUGAAGGCAUUGUUAAAUGUACAUAUUGAAAGAUAGCGUUAUUGGAUAUUAUGCUUAAUGAAUAAAAUAUGCAAAUGUAAGAAAGACUACGUUUAAAAAUGAAAGAGUAUUAGUAAUAUAUACAAUAUGUUGA